AUGCUGGUUGACAAUGCGAAGAGAGAUUAUGAUUUCGAGUCAAGAAUUGCACUUGGCCUUUACAACCACUCCCUGGACCUGGACUCCACCGACGCAGGCUUCACCACAUAUGACCGCGAGCUCAUCCAAUUCACGGUCGAGCAGCAGCUCGGUCACGCAACCCUGAUCGCUAACGUGCUUGGUUCCGCUACCCAGAUCGAUGCAGCUACAACUACCCUGUCUUCGCCACUCGGCCAUCAUGCUCCUGCAGUCCGUGUCCACUCAGGCCCGGCAGCAUAUGAUCUUCCGGCAGUUCAACGACGGCCUCUUCUCCAUACCCGUCUGGUUCGAAGAGGGCAUCCCGCAAUCGUGGUCCCGGUCCCUGUUGGUUGGCUCCAUACAUCUCCUCGUGCCCUGAAAGGCCAGAUGCGUCUGGUCUGGGCAGAACUUCCCGGCGCUCUGGAUGUGUACUUGCUAAUCGAUGACAUUCUGAAGUGCGCGAGUGGUUUGUCUGCAGAUGAAAAUAAAACCUAA